UGGACACUUAUUUUUUACUUUCUUUGAACACCUAUUUUCUUGUAUAAAUUAUGAAGGCUUUCUCUUCAAUUUUAUUGUGAAAUUCAACCGUCCUCAAGUUCAUCAAUUGCUUGAUUACCACCAUAUGAGCGUCCAAAAAAAUAACUAUUUUUCUCGAUAAAAUCACUAUGUUCUUUGUAUAAUUUUAUAAAUACGUAUAGCAGUCUCUCUGUUUUUUUUUUCAAAUAAAAUUGAUGGUUGUACGAAGCCCACCCAUCUGCAAAUCACUCAUUCCCUCCAAAAUUGCAAUUCAAUCAUCACCGCAUACUGUAUGCUCCAAACACACAAGAUAGUGAUAUGGCAGCGCCGGCUGUCCAAAUAAGCCCAUUCUCUCACCCAAAAACCAACACAAACACCCCUCUCUCUCUCGUCCCCAAGUGCUCGACUUUGAGAGAAAUCAAGCAAAUCCAUGCCUUUUCCAUCAAAACCCAUCUCCAAUAUGACAUCUCCGUCCUCACCAAGCUCAUCAAUUUCUGCACCUCGAACCCAACAAGUACCUCCAUGGACUACGCCCACCACCUGUUCGACCAAAUUCCCCACCCGGACAUCGUCGUCUUCAACACCGUUGCUCGCGGCUACGCGCGCUCUGGCACACCGUUUCGAGCCAUUUCACUCUUUUCCCACGUUCUGUGCGCAGGUCUCUUCCCAGAUGACUACACAUUCCCGUCGCUUCUCAAGGCGUGCGCCGGCUCUAAAGCGUUAGAAGAAGGGAAGCAAUUGCAUUGCUUUGCUAUCAAGUUUGGCCUCCACCUUAACAUCUAUGUGUGUCCUACACUCAUAAAUAUGUACACCGAGUGCAAUGAUUUGGAUGCCGCUCGCCGGGUGUUUGAUAAGAUAACUGACCCUUGUGUUGUUAUACACAAUGCCAUGAUCAAGGGCUAUGCUCGAAGUAGCCGGCCAAAUGAGGCGUUGGCGUUGUUUCGAGAAAUGCAGGCAAGCAAUGUUAAGCCGACUGAUGUAACCAUGCUUUGUGCUCUUUCUUCAUGUGCUUUGUUAGGAGCAUUAGACUUGGGAAAGUGGAUACAUGAAUAUGUUAAGAAAAACAGGUUUGAUAGAUACGUUAAAGUGAACACUGCACUGAUAGACAUGUAUGCAAAAUGUGGAAGCCUGGAGGAUGCAGUGUCUGUAUUCGAAAACAUGAGCGACAAAGAUACUCAGGCUUGGUCUGCAAUCAUCAUGGCAUAUGCGACACACGGGCAUUGUUCCAAAGCCAUAUCUAUGUUUGAAGAAAUGAAAAGAGCACGAAUUAGACCUGACGAUAUCACCUUUUUGGGUCUCUUGUACGCGUGUAGUCAUGCUGGAUUUGUUGAGGAGGGUUGCAAUUAUUUCUACAGCAUGAGUGAGAAAUAUGGGAUUGCUCCAGGGAUUAAGCAUUAUGGUUGCAUGAUAGAUUUGCUAGGUCGGUCUGGACGCUUGGAGGAGGCUUACAACUUCAUAGAUGAGUUACCAAUUAAGCCGACACCCAUAUUCUGGCGAACGUUGUUAUCUGCUUGUGGCAGCCACGGUGAUGUAGACAUGGGGAUGCGGGUGCUUAAACGGAUUUUUGAGUUAGAUGACUCUCAUGGUGGGGAUUAUGUGAUCAUAUCGAACUUGUGUGCAAGAGCGGGGAGAUGGGAGGAUGUGGAUUACUUAAGGAAGUUGAUGAGAAGCAGAGGAGUUGUAAAGAUUCCCGGAUGCAGCUCCAUUGAGGUGAACAAUGUAGUGCACGAAUUCUUUUCUGGAGACGGGGAGCGUUCUGUUUCUACUGUACUGCACCAGGCGGUUGACGAAUUGGUUGAAGAAUUAAAGCUGGCUGGAUAUGUUCCUGAUACUUCUCUAGUGUUUCAUUCUAACAUGGAAGAUAAAGAGAGAGAAGUUUCUCUCAGAUACCAUAGUGAGAAGUUGGCGAUUGCUUACGGGCUCUUAAACACAGCCCCCGGGGCAACAAUCCGCGUCGUGAAGAACCUUAGGGUAUGUGGGGAUUGCCACUCUGCUGCUAAGUAUAUAUCGUUGAUCUUUAAUAGGCAUAUAAUUCUUCGAGAUGUCCAACGGUUCCAUCAUUUCAAAGAGGGAAAGUGCUCUUGUGGAGAUUAUUGGUAGUUUAACUUAAUCGAACUGGAGAUCAUUUUUAUCAUAGCAUAGAGAAUAUAUUGGCUCGACAAAACUCUUCAUUUUGUUGGUGGAAGGCGAUCCUCACGCUCUUCGCCAAACCCACUUCGACGAUCAUCGGCAGGCUGACAUAUUUGUCAAUCAUCAUCAACAAGAAUGCAGAUUAAUUUGUUGUAAAUGUAAGAUAAACUAUGCUGUUAUAAAAAUAUUUGUACUAAUUCAGGUAUUUACAGAUUAAUCAUGAGAAUUCGAACUUAGAAGCACA